UGGCUGAGGUCUAACGGCGGCUGUCUGUUUUGCGCAGAGGACGGCGAGCUCUACAAGGCCGAGGAGUGCGACCUGGACUACGGCAGCCGGCCGAGCCGCAGCCCCGACAGCGAGCUGCAGGACGACGAGGAGCUGUGCAGCGAGGAGAGCAGCAGCAGCGGCAGCACGGGCAGCGGCUCGGCGGCUCCCGGCGAGGCCGAGGCGGGCCCGCAGCACUCCGACGCUCCCGAGGCGGCCGUCGGUCCUCCGCCCCCCCCGCCGCCGCCGCCGCCGCCCCAGCAACCGCCGCCGUCGCAGCAACCCGGCGGAGGGCAGCAGCAGCCCAAGCCCAAGAGGAAGCGCACGGGCUCGGACUCCAAGUCGGGCAAACCCCGGCGGGCGCGGACAGCUUUCACGUACGAGCAGCUGGUGGCGCUGGAGAACAAGUUCAAGUCCACGCGGUACCUGUCGGUGUGCGAGCGCCUCAACCUGGCGCUCUCGCUCAGCCUCACCGAGACGCAGGUGAAGAUCUGGUUCCAGAACCGCCGCACCAAGUGGAAGAAGCAGAACCCGGGCGCCGACACCAGCGCGCCCACCGGCGGCGGCGGGGCGGGCGGCGGGGCGGGCGGGGCGCUGGGCGGAGGGGCGCUGCCGGGCGGCCUCAGCCCGCUCAGCCACUCGCCGCCCAUGGGCAACCCGCUCUCCAUGCACGGGCCCGGCAGCUACGCGGGUCACCCGGCCGGGGGUUUGGUGUGCGCCGCCCAGCUGCCCUUCCUGCCCAGCCCGGCCGUCCUCUCGCCCUUCGUGCUGGGCUCGCAGACUUACGGCGCUCCGGCUUUCUACACCCCCCACCUAUAAGCGCGCUCCGCCGCUUUCCCCCAGCCCUCAGCCCGCGCUGCCCUCGGUGCUGAGGGGACCGGCCCGGCCCGGCGGACCCCGUGCGGAACCCCGUGCGGAACCCCGUGCGGAACCCCGUGCGGAGGGGCGCGGCGGCGGGCUGGGCUCUUACCUCAGCGCACGGAGCUUUGCGGACCGGACCGGCGCAGCGCCGCGCGCGACGACCGAAGCCCCCUCGCCUGUAGGGCUUUGGGUUUCUUUCGUUUUUACGUUCUGCAUUUCUGUAUAUUUCUGGUCGUUACGGAAAAAAAAAAAAAAAAGAAAAAAAAAGAAAAAAAAAGUUUUAACUUUAUAAUUAAUGUAUAAGGGAUGGGAAUGACGGCGGGAAGAUGAUACAGAGAGCACUUUGUUUGCUGAACACUUUAACUCAAUCAAUAAACGUGAAGGAACCCGUGGUGCCGGCUGCUGCUUCCGGGCGGGGCUGCAGGAAAACGCCCACAAAAGGCAAAAGGGACGAUUCGGGGGUUUUGUUUCUCUUUGCGUUUACGCUGGGAACCGCGCCGCGUGUUUCCUAUUCACAAACUUCGUUUUUUCUUCUAAUGCAGAGGCCGUUGCCCUCCCGUCUUCCCGUGGCCGUCCGUCGCCAACUGCCGACCUCCGCUCUGCAAUGUUAGGGCCACUUUCUCUC